CCCACCCACCCCAAACUCCACAAGAUUUCUCUCGCUUCAAAAUGAGCGCCAGGAAAAGGCGACGACGUCGAGAGACUGUCGAAAAUGAGGCGCAAAAGCGGUUCAGGAACUGAUAUGCCGUCACGGGGAAAUAUUGGGUGGGAGAGGGCACUUGACGUCACUGCGAUAGGUUGAAUGAGGGGCUGAUGUCACGUGCAACAGUUCGGAGGGCGGUGUCACAGAGUAAUUUGGACGCGAUUACGUCAUCGUAGCCUAGGGAAUGCGACUUCGAAUACGUCAUUGUCUCCUCUGGUCACGAAGCAGGGAUGCGGUCGCCUUGACGUCACGUGGAGCAGGUGGUUCUGAUGUCAUCAGGUGAGCCGUUUGCAGCGGCGGGGCAAUCGACGUCAUCCAGGCAGGAGCGGGUGAGGAAAAGCCUCGGCCACACGGCUCCCCCGGGUGGGGUCUGACCGUUGAAAGCCGCCCCCACCCCGGCAACCAUGACGCUGUCACAGGGCUGCCCAGAGCGGUUCGGGUCGAGCCAGGACCUGGAUGGCGAUGAGGCCCUCCUGCAUCUCUGUGCCCGGCGUGGCAGCCGGCGGCAGAUGGAGAGGCUGCUGGCUCAAGGUUGUCCACCGGAUGUGAGGAACAGCGCCGGUGAAUCCCCCCUCUACGUCGCUGCCACUCGGGGGCAUUCGGACCUGGUCCAUCUGCUGCUGAGUAGUGGGGCCAAUCCCAACCUUCGCUGCCACAGCGGGAGCACGCCUGUCCACGCUGCGACCUUCUCCUGCCUCCCUGACGCAUUGGCCACUCUCCUGGACACUGGAGGGGAUCUCCGGUUACAUGACAGCCUGGGGCGAUCACCCGAGGACUGGGCUCGUGCCGCUGGCUCUCCGAAAAACCGCAAGGUGCUGGAGCUACUGAGCCGGUACCGGGCGCGAAUGAGUCGGCUGAUACGACAGAGUGAGUCGGUCAGGGGACCGACACUGCUACGCUCCUGCAGUUCAGCUCCUCUCCUCCAGUACCCCAGCUGCCCACGGCUGCCUCUGCCCCAUCUCAGGACAUCCAGGUCUGACGUUGGCAGUUCGGCUGGGACACACAGCUUUGGCUUUGGGAAGCUGUGCCAGUGUGGUCGCCGAGGUGUAGGUGUGUUGGGAUCGGUGCCGGUUCUGGGUGACAGGGAUCUGCACCAUACAGACAGCGAGCCCGAUAUCAGCUACCCCAAUGGGCCCUUCACCCGCAUGUGCAACUGGAUGUGGGAGGGGCAGCGAGUGACGGUGAGGGAGUUGAAGCCUCCUCGACUCUCCCACUCACACUCCCAGAAGGGGCUGUGCACCUCUGACCUCCUCGUCACUGAACUGGAGCACUGCAGCCAUCUAUAUCACCCCAACCUGCUGCUGCUGAUGGCGGUAUGUCUGUCAGAGAGUUUGGCCCAGCUGCGGCUGGUGUAUCAGCGAGUGGGGCUGGGUUCCCUCUACAUCCUCCUUCAUCAGCAGCGGGCGGCGAUGGAUGGGCUGGGUGUGCGGGAGGCCAUCCCCCUCCUCUCCCAGGUAUGUGAAGCUUUGCUAUUCCUGCACUCCCGAGGAUACCUUCACAGAUCUCUCACCUCCCACGCCGUGCAGCUGGUGGGAUUGGGCCAGGCCAAGCUGGGCAACCUUGAAUAUCUACAGGAAAGGGCUGAGGACGAGCACGGUGCUAGGAGCCGACGUGCCACGGCACCCCCUGCACCGCACCAGCUCUACAACUGGCUGCCCCCCGAGAUCAUCAGUGGCCUGGUGGGCUCUGAGCGCUCUGACCUCUACAGCUUCUGCGCCCUGACCCAGGAGGUGUUCACAGGCACGGUUCCCUGGGCCGGGGCAGGAGGCAAGACGGUGAGACAGAUGAUGGCCAGUGGUCGCUCCCUCUCCCUGGACCCCCACCUCUCCCCAUCCCUCCGCUUUGCCCUGAGGCUGGGCACCUCACCCAAGCCCCAACACCGGACCCUCACCCUCCGGGACAUGCACCAUACUCUGCACUGGGAACUCCAGGAAGGAAGACCCUCCCCUGAAGCUCAGAAAGGCCAGGGUGAGCGAUGGGACUGCAGGGACCCUUUGGGUAAGCUGGAAGCCCAGGAUGGAGCAGAGUGGGAAUCGGUGAGAUUGUGGAUGGCGCAAAGCGAGGGAGGCCUGUCCUAUUGCGAGGUAGAGCGAGACACCAGCAGCCAGACCAAGAGCCACCCCUAUGACCGGGGACUGGCAGCCGAGGGUGGAGAGCCAAGCCGAGGAAUCAUGCAACUGAAGGGGAGAGGAGGCUCAGUGGGGGAGGAGGGAUCACUCAAAGACACUGCCAACCGUGGCCACCGGCGUCUUGAUCACUGGCCCAGUCCCUCCCACCCUGGGCUGAGAGUGUACAGUGUGCGCAGGGGACGGGAGCUGGACCCAAUCACUGACGGCAGCCUGCCCUUCCUCUGGGAUAGCGAGAGCUCUCUGUGGGAGAUGGAGACUGAGGAAUCCCCGCCUCCUGGAUACACACAGCAGCCCCCCAUCAGUCAGGACGCAGCUCACCCUGCACCCAUCCACCUGCGGGACAGCAGGCUCCUCAGCUGUGCCAGCAGCAUCUGCGAGUCAGCCGGUCUGCUCGGUUGUUUCAACUCAUCCCUCGAGCGCCUCGAGCAGAGGUUCCUCAGUGGGAUCCAGGCGCUGGAGCAGGUCACCAACCGGCAGUGGGAGGAAGAACAGGAAACACAUCACAUCCAACCCCGCACAGGAACUCACAAGGGAACGAGCUCUGUGGAAUUUCAACAAAGUGCAGAUAAUACUGAUAGUUUGUCGACCAUUCUUGAGGAUGGGGCGCUGGUGACAGCAGGAGACGGCGAGUCUCAGAGCAGUUCCCAGAAGGAAACCACCCAGGCGACCCCUUUGGCUCUGACCGCCUUGGCCCUGCUGGAACGCUGGAAUCUCUGCCACUCCACCUCGUCCUCAUCAUCCAGUGAUGAUCAGCAGUCAGGCUUCGAUCUGAUGCAGGAAAUGAUCGACGAACUCAAGCAGCAGCCCACCACGGCCGGGAUCUCAGAACAAAGCCUGACUCAGAUGUACAGUGGAGAGCAUUCCAACCGACUGCUCUGGAGGCUCCAAUGCCACAGCGUCACAAAAUGCUGCGGUGAGAGCCAGCUUCAUCAUGGGUGUGAGGAAUCUUUAAAGGUGCUAUAUCACAAAGAGGCAUCCAUCACUAAGGACCCCCAUUGCCCAGGACAUGCCCUCUUUGCACUGCCUGCAUCAGGGAGGAGAUACACGAGCCUGAAGACCCACACUGAACGAUUCUGGAAAAGCUUUUUCCAUUCUGCUACCAGAUUUUUGAAUGGUCCUUGAAGCGUGUAAAUGACCUCAAUAUUAUUUGUCUUCAGCAUUUUGUCUACAGCACGGGACAGACCCUUCUGCGCUUGGAGCCACAGUGCCCAGCAAGUCCAGAUAUAAUCCGAGCCUAAGCACAGAACAAUUUACAAUGACCAACUAACCUACCAGUUGGGACGUGUUUGGACUGUGGGAGGAGACCGUAGCACCUGGAGGACACCCCCAUGGUCACAGGAGAACGUACAAACCCCUUAGAGACAGCAGCAGGAUGACAGACAUUUAAAGAUGGCAUCACGUUGUAGUCUUUGUCAAGAUCACUGCUCAGAUAUUUUCUUUUUUGGUUCAUAGGGAUGGUUUUGGGGACAGAGAUUCAAGGUAGGAUUCAGGUUACUGUUUAAGGACAGGAAUGUGGAGUAAUUGUAGGACAGGCCAGAUUCUUAAGUCCAACUGUAAACCUCCACUCUGCUUUGGAAGGCCAGUGAUGAGGGCAUACCCAGACUUCGAGGGCGAGUUUUUGGGCCAUUAUUCAAGUCCUGGAGUUAGACAAAGGAGCGGAAUUAGGCCAAUUGGUUCAUCUAAAUUCCAGCAAGUACAGACCCAGAAUAAUCGAAUGUUCCUCGUAUGAUAACCCUUUCAUUCCCAGAAUCAUCCUUGUGAACCUCCUCUGGACCCUCCCCAAUGCCAGCACAUCUUUUCUUAGAUGAGGACUCACCAGUGCCUUAUAAAUCCUCAGCGUCACAUCCCUGUUGUUGAAUUUUGUACUUCUUGAAAUGAAUGCCAACAUUGCAUUUGCCUUCCUCACCAUUGACUCUAACUGCAAGUUAACCUUCAGGAAGUUCUGCACAAAGACUCCCAAGUAAAUUUGCAUCUCAGAUUUUUGGAUUUUGUCCUCAUUUAGAAAAUAGUCUGCAUAUUUGUUCUACCAAAGUGCAUGACCAUGCAUGUUCCAAAAUUGUGUUUCAUUUGCCACUUUCUUGCCCAUUCUCCUAAUCUGUCUGUCCUUCUGCAGCCUAUCUGUUUCCUCAACACUACCUGCCCCUCCACCAAUCUUCAUAUCAUCUGCAAACUUGGCAACAAAGCCAUUUAUUCCAUAAUCUAAAUCAUUUAUAUAUAGCAUAAAAAGAAGUGGUCCCAACACAGACCCCUGCGGAACACUAGUCACUGACAGCCAACCAGAAAAGGAUCCUUUUAUUCCCACUCACUGCCUCCUACCAAUCAGCCAAUGUUCUAACCAUGCCAGUAAUUUUCCUGUAACACCAUGGGCUCAAUUUGGUAAGCAGCCUCAUAUGUGGCACCUUGUCAAAUGUUUUCUGAAAGUCCAAAUAUACAACAUCCACUACAUCCCCUUUAUUUAUCCUACUUGUAAUCUCCUCAAAUAUUCCAACAGGUUCGUCAGGCAGGAUUUUCACUGAAGGAAACCAUGCUAACUCUGUCCCAUUCUGUCCUAUGUCACCAAGUACUCCAUCACCUCCAGCGUCUUCCCAAACAUUGAGGUCAGGCUAACCGAUCUAUAAUUACUUUUCUGCUGCCAUCCUCCUUUCUUAAAGAGUGGAGUGACAUUUGCAAUUUUCCAGUCCUGUGACACCAUGCCAAGGUACAGUGAUUUUUGAAAGAUCAUUUCUAAUGCCUACACAAUCUCUACUGCUACCUCUUUCAGAACCCUAGGGUGCAGUUCACCUAAUCCUGGUGACUUGUAACCUUUGAUCUUAUAAGUCAUGAGUUUGGACCUCACUCAUCAACAUCUAGGAGUCUUGGCUACUGGGAUCCUCAAUAGCGAAGAUCAAAGCAGGUUAUCAGAGGUUCAACUGAGGCCCAGUGGCCGGAGCACAAAUCUGAGAGAGUCUCCGAGUCUGCCAGGAAAAUCUGUCUGAAUCCACUGUGGAAAUCUGUCCAAGUCCGCUGAGGAAGUGUUUCUGAGCCGCUGGUGAAAUCUGUCUGAGGCUGCUGGGAACAUUUCACAGAACCCGCUGGGGAGGUCUGUCUGAGGCCACUGAGGUAGUCAAAGUCCCAGUUUCUGUGAGUUCACAGUGCACUAAAGGCUGAAGAAUUGCUCUAACCCCUGGACUGAGUAUGUUUGUGGUGGGUGGGAGGGGAGACAGGAUUGUUCUAUGCUGAAUGUGCUCUUGGCACAAGAUUGUGUGGUGACACUUGCGGGCUGUCCCCAGCACAUCCUUCGUUGCGUUGGCUCUUAACGCAAAUGGCACAUUUCAUUUUUGUUUCAAAGUAGGUGAUUGAAGAUUGUUUCAUGUCAUUUCCUGAGCAUGUGUAACUGAGAACAAAAUAAUUGUUACUCCAGAUCUGAUGCAGCACAAAAAAAAAACACAAUAAGAUUAAGUAUAGAUGAAUAAAAAAACCACAAUAAACAUAAAAUCAUGAGAUGACGUACACAUCAAUUGAUUGUAGAGAUAACUUGUAUACAUCGAUUGAUUGUGUGUCCAUAAAGCGACACUGGGCUCAGGAGUGUCAGUACAAAAUGCAACUCUGACUGGAAAUGAUAAAGUCAUGGUGGUUGGGGGUGUAGAGGGCUGAGUUAGUGGGUGCAGGUGUUGUUCGGUCUUACAGCUUGAGUCUGAUGCUUGUAAGAGUGGGACAAACUGUCCAUGGCUAGGGUAGGCAGGGGCCCUUGUCUGAUAUGUUUUUGUGAUGGUGAGUCGGCAGGUGCUGGUGAUACCGACUAGGCAAGCUCUGGGUUGUCAGAAUUGCCCACUGACCAGUUUGACUGUCCGUUGUAGAUCCUGCUGUGCAGAUGAAGUGAUAAAGAAACCUGAAUCUGUACCAUUUACAGUAGAUAUCUUUCAAUGUUGUACUUAAACAAUAAAUUUUACAAUUAUGUCAAUGAUAAUAAACCUGGUUCUCAUCUCAAGAUUUAUUGGGUAUCUGGGGAUUUUACCCAGAUUUCUGUUGGUACAUCUUUGGACUGGUUGCAGUGGACAGCAAAUGUUUCUGAAUGUGCUGCUUCCUCAGAAUUAGUUUUUGGUUAUGAUGGACUGCAUAAAGCUGAACACAAAUAUAAUG